UUGAAGUUUUGGUGCUUCUGUCGUUUCUUGCGAAUGUAGUUGCUAGCCAUAGACGAGCUCCAAAGCGUCACUCGGUCUCACGUGUAAUCUGUCAUUCAUCAUGGCCAUCAACGAACUUGGAAAAAAAAAAGAAAAAAAAAAAAAGGAAGCGGCACUGGGCCUAUAUGUAGGCAAAAAUGAGAAUGACGCCGUCGCGAGCACGGAGAACAAUAGACGAGCGAUUAAGAGCUCCGGUGUAUUAUAUACCUUUCGGUAAGUAUAUUAUACAUUAGACACCGUCGCUCGGCAUCAUCGAUUUUUCCCUUCCGGCAUGUGUACACACCUACAUCAAACGUGUCCGUACGAGCUAUACCGAAAUAAAGAAAAGAGGACAAUUCACACCGCGUGCCAGCCGGUAGUUUCAAUUUCAUUUGUUCUGAGCUAUAAUAUAUCAUAAGUGCCGCGUACUUCGAGUUUGAUCGUUCGAUAAGUCCGCCUAUAUGUACGGGUGUGUAUGUACCAACAGUGCCGAUGCCACUUUUUCGAUCUAAUUCGGUCGAUUACGCUUUAGAGCGCUUAUUGUGUUUGCCGAGUAGCGGGUGAUCGUGGGUGCUUGCUCGUGACUUUUAUUUUUUGCCUACGUGUUUACCUACACCCCGUGAUUAUUAGGGUGGCCGAUACUACACUGUGUAUCGGUGGGCGCAGCGGUUGACGUCAGCGUCUGGUAAAGUGCGUAGGCACGACCCUUGUGAUUGUUUACUGGUGACUUUGUUUAACGACAAAGUGUGUAAACCGUGUGGGGUUUCGUGAUGGAAUUUUUCGCGAAAAGACAUAAAUUCCAAGUGUCGGUGGUGGGAAAGAUGAAGAUUUUUGUGCGUUCACUCAAUGUGGGGUAGAAUUAAAAAAAAAAAAAUAAUAAUGAGUGACGAAUAAGGGGUUUCCUGCAAAAGUGCCAUGUGACAUUACAAAACGACCCCAUCUAACUUGCAACGUUGAAAAGUUGGGUGAUCCUGGAAGCUGUCUGUUGAAAAGGAAGAAGACAAGUGUAGCUUUUUGCAGAAAUUAUUUUGCGAGUGUUGCGUAGGGGGAGGAGGAAAAGCAAUAAUCGACAGUUGCUAGUGGGGGAGAAAAAAAAAAAAAAGAGCAGUAUGUCGGAGACGGAGGCGAAGCCGGCGGCGCCGCCGACGCACGUGACGAUCCAGCCGCCACCGAUACUGCAAGUGGCCUCGCGAAUGCUGCGCUCCCCCAGCCACGAGAGCGUCACCACUGACCUGUCGCUGUUUAGCGUCUCGUCGAUCGCCAGCGACGCGAAGAGCGCCAAUCGGCUGGCUUCGUUCAAGUCCUACAGCGAUGUGCACCUGUCGGGGCGAGGACCCUCGCCGAACCCCGAGUCUAGGCUGCAGGUUCAGGGCAACAGGCCAGCCGACAUACCGGAGAUCCUCUGGUUCGAGGAGGAGACCGAGCUGAUCCGCAGCUGCGGUGCCCUGUCCUCGGCCCUGGGCCUCCAGAAGAGCUUCAGCACCUCGGACGUGUCCCAACUGCCGAGCCCCGAGGCCAUGGACGGCCGGGCCACCCUACGCUCCGCGGUCUCGUCCCACGGGCUCGACCUCGCCCACCGCAACGGCUUCCUCCUGGAACAGGCGCGCCUCGACCACGCGUCCCGCUCCUGCAGCACCUGGGUCGCGGUCGGCGACAUCCCCACCACCUCCCAACUGCCCAGUCCCCACGGCGGCACCACCAGGGAACUGCACCCCCCCGCCCAACAGCCCGCCUCCCUGGUCAUGCUCAACCCGCCCGUCGUGCCCUUCACCGCCGCCGAUCUCGUCAGGUCGGUCAACAAAAAGGUCCGCCAGAGCUACAUUAGGCGCAGGCUACUGACGACGUACCGAGCGCUGGAGCGGCUGUCGCAGAGCGAAUUCAACCUGGACCGACUGGAAGCGGCGGCGUCGGCCGCGACGCAGGCGGGCGGCGGUGGACUCACCCUGGCGGUGCCGUCAGCGACGGUGGCUGCACUGGCCUCGAGCGGCGUGCCGGCAGGGGCGGCCCUUUUGCAGCCGGGACGGAAACCCGGGCGGAACGACCACGCGCUGACGGUCAAGGACGUGGAGCGCGAGAGGGGCAAGCAGUUGUCCAAGUACGAGAGGAACAUGAUGAUAUUCAAUUGGCUGCACACCUUGGACGACACCCAAGUGGCCGAGGCCGCGCUCGCCCAAUAGUACCAUAAUCGGACUUUGAUGUGGCCAUGACGAUGUGGGGGUUUACUUGGAUCGAAUGUUGACGUGGGUGCUUUU